AUGGAAUAAAGUUUAUUCAUUUCAUAACAAGAAAUAGAACAAGUCAAUAAAUAAAAUACCAUUAACAUUAAUGUUGGUGUCUUAGGACAUAUUGAUUCUGGUAAAACAUCUUUGGUUAAGACAUUGUCUAAAGUAAUUAAUUUAUCAAUAUAUUAGAUAACAUCAACAGCCUCAUUAGAUAAGAACCCUUAGAGUUAGGAAAGGGGAAUUACUUUAGAUCUUGGAUUUAGUGCAUUUUACACUCGUAAUCCAAAUGAGGAGGGAAAGUAUCCACAAUAAAUCAUUUAAGAUAUUUUCAAUUUACAUUAGUAGAUUGUCCUGGACAUGCAUCAUUAAUCAAGACCAUUAUAGGAGGUGCUUAAAUUAUAGAUAUGAUGUUUUUAGUAAUUGAUGUAACUAAAGGCAUUUAAACUUAAACAGCUGAAUGUUUAGUAAUAGGUGAGAUUUUAGCUGAUAAAUUAAUUGUGGUCUUGAACAAAAUAGAUUUAGCAACAGAUGAAGUAAUAAAUAAAUAAAAAAAAAUAAUUGCUAAUGUUCUAUCUAAAACAAAGUUUGGAAAUUAAGUUCCAUUAGUUCCAGUUUCAGCUAUUUAAGCACUUGGAAUUGAAGAUCUAUUNGCAAAUAAAUUAACAAUUUCUUUAUUUGUUAAUGCUGCAAUUGUUAGUUAUGUUAUUGAUAUCUUGAUAUUUAGUAAUGUAUAUGGAUUUGGUGGAUUUUUGUAUAAUGAAUCUUUGAUAUUUAUAAUGAAUGCUGCUAUUGCCCCAUUAAUUUGGUUUAUUGAUCCUUGGACUUUGAUAAGAAAAUUAUAAAGAGACCAUUAAGCUUAAAAAGUUAAUGAUUGUUUACUUACAUAAAAGGAAGCAAAUGAAAUAAUGGAAGAAGUUGAUUAUUAAUUGGCAAUGAGAUAUGCAGACAUAAUUAAAACUAUGUGGUUUACCUUUUUUUUUGGUACUGCUAUCCCUAUAGGUGUAUUCAGUUCUUUAAUUGGUUUAUGUUUAUUUUAUCUUAUUGAUAAGUAUAAUAUAUUAAGAAGAAGAACAGUAAAAGAGAGUAUAUCAUAAGAAUUAUCAUGGUAAAUGAUUAAUAUGCUUGAAUUUAUUGUCUUAUUUAAUCCUUUGGGUAAUACAGUAGUCUCAUUAUUUCUUAACUAAAACUUUGAUAUUUUUUCAACAAUUGGAGUAAUUAUAGGAUUAAGUUUUUAAAUCUUGCCAAUACAUCGUUGUGUUGAUAGUAUGUUUCCAAUUAGAAAUUUUGAAGAAGUAUUAAUUAUUUUAUGAGUUUAGCCUGUGUCAUAUAAAAAAGCUUAGAUAGAAUUUGAUACUGAUUAUGAUAGAGAGAAUCCUGUAACAAAAUAAAAAGCAAUUGCUGAGUAUUCUUUGUAGUUGUAAGGUAUUACAUAAGACAGGAAGGUGGAAUAUUAAAUUAUGCAUGAAAAUCAUUAUUGA